UAAUAGAAAAUGAAUACAUUGGCGUACCCACCGAGUUCAAAAUCUAUCUUCCUUAGUCUAUGGUCGUCUUCCCAAUCCCUUUUCCUGUUCGGUCGUAACGUGUAAAAGAUAUUACACGAUGAAACAGAUUGUUACGAAUCAGACUGUAAAAAUCCCGGAGGGAUUAACAGUUUCUGUUAAAUCUCGAAUGAUUACAGUCAAAGGACCUCGAGGAGUAUUAAAGAGGUCUUUCAAACAUCUCGCUUUGGAUAUUCGUAUGGUCAAUCCUAAGGUAUUAAAAGUUGAAAAAUGGUUUGGAACUAAGAAAGAAUUGGCUGCCGUUCGCACAGUAUGUUCUCACAUCGAGAAUAUGUUAAAGGGUGUAACUAAGGGAUACCAAUACAAAAUGAGAUCUGUAUAUGCUCAUUUCCCCAUUAAUUGUGUAACCACCGAGAACAAUUCUGUUAUUGAAAUUCGUAAUUUCUUGGGUGAAAAAUACAUCCGUAGAGUGAAGAUGGCACCUGGUGUUACUGUAUGUAAUUCUGCCAAACAAAAGGAUGAGUUAAUUCUUGAAGGAAACUCUUUAGAGGAUGUAUCCAGAUCAGCUGCUUUGAUCCAGCAAUCGACAACAGUCAAAAAUAAGGAUAUCAGAAAGUUCUUGGAUGGUUUAUAUGUUUCGGAAAAAACGACAGUUGUACAAGAUGACGAAUAAAUAUUCUGUGCAGUUUUCCAACUA